UUUUUAAUAUCCGCGCGCCUAUUCGAAUUUUCACUCAAUGGACGACGACGGCCUGGUUUUGAACCUUGCAAGUGAAGACUUUUCCUCUUCAAAAGCCUCAAUUAGCUCAAAAGGGGGGAGGUGGACUGACAGAUUGAAAGCAAAGCGCGGAGCCAAGCGUAAAAAUCGUAAUGAACAGCCCAGUAAUCCUGGGAAGCCUCACAAUAUACAGACAGAAAUUGAGGAGCCUCAACGGAAGCGUCCUCGUGUAGAGAAACCUCCCGCUCAAUCUGCCAGUAAAGAACAUCCUCACGUUCAAUCUCAUCCCCCGACUCAGAUAAUUUCAUCACUCUUUUCCUACAACCCUAAGGUUCAAACACCUGUCAAUCCUGAUCCUUCCAAAGUGCCUUCUGCACCGUCCAAUGCCCCCUUGACCGAUGCAUCUAGCUUCUCAGGACUAGGUCUAAAUCCCCUCAUCUCCGCACAUCUUUCCUCUAAAAUGGGUAUACAGAAACCUACGUCUAUCCAACGCGCUGCACUUCCUGUCACACUGUCUGUAUCACCGGACGUAAUGGCUCGAGAUAUAUUCAUACAAUCUCAAACAGGUUCAGGAAAAACUUUGUCAUUCCUUCUUCCUAUCAUUCAGGAUCUACUCCCCUUGAGCUCAUUAUCUUACAUCGACCGGUCCUUGGGAACAUUAGCCAUCAUCAUUGUGCCUACUCGUGAGCUUGCGAAACAGAUAUCCGAUGUCUUAGAGAGUCUCCUUUACCUCCGAUUAAGAGCCACAGACGAAUCCGCGGAUGAUUCGAAUACUGUACGUUUAACACGUUGGCUGGUCUCCGGCCUUUUAAUAGGCGGUGGAACUAGGACGCACGAAAAAGCCCGAUUGCGAAAGGGACUUCCAAUCCUAGUGGCGACACCUGGUCGAUUGCUAGAUCACCUCCAAAAUACAUCUACUUUCAAUGUUUCCAAGUGUCGGUGGCUGGUUCUUGACGAGGCUGAUCGUCUGAUGGAACUAGGCUUUGAAGAGAGCAUCACGGGCAUCUUGAAGUGUUUGGAUGGACAUCGAAAGCUGGCUCUGCAGGCUGUCAGAGAAGGGAUUGGCAAAGAGGUCGGCGGCUGGGAUUGGGAACGUAGGAGACGGACUAUUCUAUGCUCUGCAACGAUCCGUGAAGAUGUUCAAAAACUUGCUAAUACCACUCUUACGCGACCGAUCAUGAUUAAAGCUACAGAAGUAGAAAUACCCUCUGGUCUGACGACUUCGAAGACUGUUCACGCCCUCGAAAACUUUAGCCCUCCCUCCCAACUUUCUCAAAAGUACGUUAUCACUCCAUUGAAAUUACGGCUCGUCGUCCUCGUAGCACUACUGCGUAAUAUGAUUUCUCAACGUCGAGGUCAACCAGGAUCCAAAGCCAUUGUGUUUCUCAGUUGCACAGAUGCCGUGGAUUUUUUGUGGAAAAUGUUGGGUGGGUCCUUGAUGGACGGUGAAGAUAUAGAAAGAGCAGAGCAGGAAUCAAAUGUCGAAGACAACUCAGAUGACGUCGACGAGGGUCAAAUAGAGUCAAAAUCCGAACAAAUAUCACUGAAAUCCUCCUUACUUCCCGACACGUCUGUAUUUCGUCUCCACGGCUCUUUACCAACGCAAACACGACUUGCCACCUUACGCGGCUUUUCUGGCUCUUCCAAAAGGACAGCGCCGUUUUCCGUGCUUCUCUGUACCUCAGUAGCCUCUCGUGGAUUGGAUCUUCCUUUGGUGUGGAGCGUCAUUCAGUACGAUCUCCCCACAGAGGGUGGUGCUACAGAGUACGUACAUCGAGUCGGUCGUACAGCUCGUGCAGGCAAAGGUGGUGAGGCCUGGAGCUUUGUUAGUCCCAGUGAGGUGGCAUGGGUACAGUGGGUGGAAGGAAAGAUGCGUAGUGACAGCUCAGAAAGUGAAAAGCAAAAUAUCUCAUUAAUCCCCGUCACUCCAGAAUCCGUCCUCAAAUUAGGAUUUGGAGGGAAAGGCAGUGAAUACGAAGAGAGAGCAACUCAAGUCCAGCUUUCGUUUGAACGCUGGGUCCUUCGAAGCAAGGAGAACGCUAUUCUUGCUCGCAAGGCAUUCAUGUCUCACAUGAGGGCUUACGCGACACAUCCUUCCGCUGAGAAACACAUCUUCCACAUCCGACAUCUUCACCUCGGACAUCUUGCCAAAGCAUUCGCUUUACGAGAAACACCAAAGGCCGCUACGAGCGCUUCCGGUGGUAAAUCUCGGAGAUUGAACACGGCGAAGGAUGGAGGGGUAACUAAGAAGAGAGAAAAAGAUAGGGCUGCGAACAUCAAAGGCGAAAAAUGGGAAAUUACGCAUAGUGGAGACGCCGAGAGGCGUAUGCGAGACAUUGUUCGCGCACAGGGUAGACAUUCGAAGAAGGGUGGAGUAAUGAUGAGCAGUGGUAGCUCAGAGUUCCAAAUUGCUGGAGGGUAUGAUUUGGAGAAGAUGGUAGGCGGUAUGUAGAGUGUUAUCGCGAGCGCAUUUCCAAGGAAUGAGCCAAACACCCACGAUAAGAUACAACCAUUUGAAGUUGAAAGCACUCGAGUCUUGCAACUACACAGAUACAUUUGCAGGCUAUGUAGUCCGCAUAUAUCCAGAUCUGGAGGUCCACAGGUUCGUACAAACAUCCACUACAGGGGGAUAAAUGGAGAUUCUGCCCAAGUCCAGCAAGAGACAAUAGGCCAUAGUGUAGAUACGCUUCCAAGGGGACUUGGUUUUGUCGGGUUGCCCUGAUGUGUUCCUCUCCUCCACUAAUGGGAUGUAGCCACUGCUCCUCUUUCUGUCAUGGUUGGCGAAAUAGUGUGCAUGUAUCAGUUGUGGGA